AUGGUGCCGCGCCUAAUCUUUGCGGUGCUGCCCGCGCUGUUGCUUUCCGCCGCAGCGGACGACGUUGGAGCGCCCGUGCCGGAAAACAAGAUUCACUCGCACAUAGACAUCGAGACACCCGGAGAGCACGAUGAUCAGGCUCAUCCAGCAGGCACGAUUCUGCAAGAGCCUGCUAAGGUGGCGUCAUCAAUAGUCACGCCGCCGCAAAAUGAGCGGCCCAUGUCCUCUGCUGCUGGCAAGAAGGUGUCAGUCACAGAGAUCAGCUUCGACAGCCUCAUCGACGAUCUCGUGUGGUGCGGCAACGACCACUCAACGGUCCUCCUCAAGACGCAGAGCGGAAGGUUGUACCGCUCGGCGGACGGAGGCAAACAGUGGACGGAAAUCACGCACCUAUUCCAAGGAAGCGCGCGUAACAACAACUACAGAGUCGACUCAGUUGUCGUGUGCGAGACCGACAGGAAUGUCGUGGUCGUAAUCGGAGACUCGAAAACGCAUUUCAUAUCGGGUAACGCAGGGCACAGCUUCGUACGUUUGGAGUAUGAGGGGACGAUCAAUAUGUGGCUGUUCCACCCAGUAAAACCAUCGUGGGCGUUGCUCAGCUCUUGGGAGGGGGCGUGCUUCGCCAAUGAAAAUGACGAGGACUGUGUCCAUUCCAUUUUUGUUACACGGGACAUGGGACGAACUUUCGACAGGGUUGCCAAGUACGUUGCGCAAUUCAGCUGGGGAGACAUCACCACCAACUCCGAGGAUCGCAUCUACUACAGCCGGUACUCCAUCGAGUCCGGUGACCAGCCCAAGCAAGAUGGGUGGAACAACAAUAUCAGUUUCAUGUACACCGAUGACUUCGGAUACAGCGCCACGGUUAUAAUGGAGGGUGGUAACAAGUUCCUGGUCUCAGGGAACUAUGUGUUCGUGGCGAAAGUCUCUGACCCCGUCAGGCAAACCGUGAACCUCUACGUGAGCACUGACAACGCCGUGACAUUCAAUAGGGCUGUGCUUCCUGUGGAGCUUGAGGAACGCAGCUACACAAUACUGGACACAUCUGAGGGUGCGGUUAUUAUACACGUGGGCCAUGAGUACGAAGGCGGGGAUAUUGAGGUUGGUAACGUGUACAUCUCCGAUGCAUCCGGUCUGCGGUACUCACUAUCACUGCCCAACAACAUCAGGUCGGCGUCUGGAGAAUGUGAAUUCGACAAGGUCUACUCACUGGAAGGCGUGUAUAUUGCCAACUUCAGGGAUGACUCUGGCGGAAUGCUCAACCCGAGAAACAAAUUCAAAACCCACAUUGACGGUACCAAGACCCAGCUCGACCAGAAACGCAACCGCCAUGUAGCACACAGCAAGGUAGAGCCCAACGUACGCACCGUUGUUUCAUUUAACAAGGGUGCGGAAUGGCACUACCUCCAACCGCCGAAACUCGACUCCGAGGGUAGGCCAUACGACUGUGAGGAGGGCAAGUGCUUCCUUCACCUGCACGGAAUCACGCAGUACAAGAAUUUCGCGCCUUUCUACUCCGUGGAACAGGCGACUGGUCUAGUUCUAGCGACUGGAAAUGUCGGAGACAAGCUCAGGUUUGACCCGUCACAGGUCAACACCUUCCUCAGCAGAGACGGUGGUUUGACAUGGUCGGAGGCGCACAAGGGCGCGUUCAUCUACGAGUUUGGUGACUACGGAGGGCUCAUAGUUAUGGCACAGGACCAAAAGAAGACGAGGGAGGUUGUAUUCUCGUGGAACGAGGGAGCCACCUGGUUUGACUUCAGUCUCAGCAAGCACGACCUGAGCGUCAACAACGUUGUCAUCGAGCCAAAGUGCUCAUCUCUGAAUUUCAUUCUCUACGGUAACCGAAACGGUAUCGGUGUCGCGUUCCAUCUCGACUUCAGCUCACUCGGGCAGCCACUGUGCAAGGGCAUAUGGAGCAUAGACUCCAGCUCCAGCGAUUAUGAGACGUGGCAUCCGACGGACCCGCACGGAAACCACUGUUUGUUGGGGCGCAAAAUGGCGUACAAACGCCGCAAGCAGGCGUCUGAAUGUUUCAACGGCAAGGAAUUCAAGGCCACUGUGGAGAGGGAGGUUUGCAACUGCACCCCUGACGAUUACGAGUGUGAAAUUGGCUUUACGCGCUCUAUCGGAAGUAAUACUUGCAAAAUUGAUGGCACAUGGCUUAUGCGCGAGGGAUGCACUUCUUCUAGCUUCUUCUGGACUGACGCUUACCGCAAAAUCCCCGGCGAUGUUUGCGCAGCCGGGUGGAUUCCACACCAGGUCGCCGUACCAUGUCCGCCACACUCACCGCUGUCGAAGGGAAGCAAGGCCGUGUUGUCCACAAUUCUGGUCCUAGCCAUCAUUAUGAUGGCCAUUGUCUACAUAUCUCACAACGACAAGUUGAAGCACCUCUUCCACAACUACGGUUUCAAGCAGUUCAACUACGUUGCCUACGCGCCGGUCAACGCCAAAAGGGCAUCACAGCGUGGCGCCGGGUUUGGUGGUAGAUUCGAGCCGGAGCUCGGCUUCAUCGACGCAGAGCAGGAGCAGGACGAACCCACAUUGUUGAACUACAUCAGCGGGAACCGCGCAGCUUCGAACGCCCAGCAACAGCCCGCUGCUAGAGGAGAACAGCGUCACAUAGAACUCCUCUGA